GAUCCUUAUAUAGUCAGGAAGGCACAAUCAAUGUAGGUAGGCAGGUAACUUGAGAGAUGGAUAUAUACUUAGAAUGGUAAAACCGAGAUGAMUUAGGUCUAUCUGCUGGAAAGGUCUUUGAACAUGGAUGGACUCGAAUGGAAGAGAUUUUGAGAAGGAUGAUAGUAGAGAUAGGAUGGCCCCGAAUGGAGGGCAGAAGUUGCGGUGGUAAAGAUAAAACGAGGGGUUCCAAUGGAUCAGGGACAGUUGAUAUGAAAGGAAGAUAGGAGGAUCUAAGUGGAGAUUUUGUAGAUCCGAGAGUGAAGGGAAGUUGUGAUACAUCCAGACGGACGGCKGUUGGGCUGGAUGGAGGUGAUGAAAGGUGAUGAAAGGUAACGGAAUACCAAACCGAGAUGUUUAGACCUAGUCCACAGCAGAACAGUUUUGGAUCAAUGGACAUUAUAUUGAAACAAAACGACGAACGAAAUGAACGUGUGACACUCAGCUGAGAUCGAUUGUUCACCAUAUUGGUAAGCAGCGAUCGAAAGGUGGAACCCGCGGAAGGAAUAACCCAUCGUGUGUACCAUGUUCCUUUCGAGAAAAACGUCGUGGAAAAACACGCUGCGCAAGAAAUGAAUGAAGGAAUUUUCAAGAGUUAUUAUGGGAACUUGUCACUACCUUUGCUGUACAAAGUAUUUUGUGAAUGUYUGAUCAACGACACGCAGCUUCUUGAACUGGUCAAAGACACYGACCUUUUAAUCACCGACUGCACUAUGCAUACAUGUGGCYUUCUUUUAUCCGACUAUUUGGGUGUUAAAAGGGUUGAGUACUGCCCAGGACCACCAAGACUUUUCCAGUUACUUGACGGUCCUUAUGAUUAUGCGAGCUUAACCAUGGCAUCGUAUGUGCCAAUGUUCAUGUCUGUUAUUCCUAGCUUGAAGAUGAACUUCUUUSAAAGGGUAAAAAACGUACUGAAUAUUGUAUUCAGCAAGGUUACUAUUCCUUUGGUAUUGUUCAAGCCUGUGCAUGACCUUAGAGAGAAGUACAACAUCAAACCCGAGAAAAGCUUGUUUGGAUCAUCAAAGGAUAUUGAACUUGCAUUGUUUGUGGCUGACUACGCCUUGGAACACGCCUAUCCCAUACCGCCACACUAUAAAAUUAUUGGACCAAUAAACAUCCAGCCAAUGAAGCCCCUCCCUCCAGAUCUGCAAGAGGUAAUGGACAAUUCUGGUGAACAUGGAGCAAUCAUCGUAUCUUUUGGAACAAUCAUAUCCGCUUCAAUGCCAAAAGAAAAAGUUGACAUCUUGGCUGAGGCUUUUGGUAGAUUGAAAGAGAAAGUGAUAUGGAGACUUAAAGGAUACAUUCCAUCGUCUCUCAGCCCCAACAUUAAACCCGUUUCCUGGUUACCGCAAAAUGACUUGUUGUCCCACGAGAAACUACGUUUGUUUGUGACGCACGGUGGACUAAAUAGUCUCUACGAGGCUGCGUAUYACGGGGUUCCUCUGGUUGCUAUCCCGUUGUUUAUAGAUCAAUUCGACAACGCUGUGUUGAUGGAAAGUCGAAAGAUUGGCCUUUCUCUUGAUUUCCAUAAGCUAACCGCUGAUCAACUACACAGUACUAUCGAGCAUGUUAUCAAGCAACCUAGUUACCGUGAAAAUGUUCAGCGCAUUUCACGCCUGAUGCAAGACCGUCCACGUAGCCCUGUCCAGGAAGCUGGUGACUGGAUAGAGUACGCCCUUAGACACGAGAGUCUUGCACAUCUUCGUCCGUACUCCAGUAGACUUCCCUGGUACCAGUAUUUCCUGGUAGAUGUAGCAGUGUUCCUGGUCUUGGUAGUUUUGAUGGUGGUUAUGGUGAUAAAGUACACAGUUCGAUUGAUGUGCUGGAUGUGCUGCCGACGAGACAAGAAACAGAAAACUCACUAAUAAAAUAGAAAUUUGACAAGAACAAGGUCUUACAAUGUGCAGAAAAAUUAAAAAAUUUCCAGCCAAAAAUAGAGAUUAAAUCUGUUCGAUUUCUGACGAAAAAAGUUCUUCCUCGAAGAAAUGUUCGAGUGUUUUCUUGGAUGUGCUUAACGUACAACUGACUUAACACUGAAAAUAUCAUAAAUACAUGCAUAWKCRAYCUUAAUUGUUAUWCGGYACGAAUAAAACAGAGGGCUUAUUUUUGAAAUAAAAGGAAUAUGGGUUUUCACAAAAAUURCUUCUUUUUUUCUCUUUUUUCAAUAAUUCCCGGCACUCUUUUGACCUUUUGAUAAAUUCAUUUUGUUGUGGUCAU